AUGGUUGAACAAGUGAAAGUUGGUAACAAGAGUUCCAGCACUUUCAAUAAAGGUGGGUGGAACAAUAUCAAGAAAGGGCUUGAGGAAAAAGCUAAUCGGUCAUUUACGAUGGUUCAAUUGAAGAAUAAGAUGAAUAAAAUGCGAUUCAAUUACAGCGUUUUCAAGAAACUACUGGAUACUACAGGUUUUGGUUGGAAUUCUGUGACGAAGACCUGUACAGUUGAAGAUGAGAGUGUUUGGGAUGUACAAAUCAAGGCAAAUCCUAAUUGGUCAAAGUUUAGGAGGAAUUGGCUACCACAUUGGCAUGAACUAUGUAUAAUUUUUGGGGAUUCAUAUGCUAGUGGGAGAGGAGGAUUCGGGAAUGAAUCUGAUUUCAGGUUUGAAGAGGAAUCGAGAGGUGUUGAUGAUGAUGUGGAUGCAGAUGUAGAUGUAAUUCCAACUACUCCAUUGGCUAAUACCUUGCCAACAGGUUAUUAUGAAAGCCAAGAUCCAGGAACUGAUCAUCCUAGAGUCAACAGAAGACUUGAUAGGACACCUAUAGGAUAUAGGAAGAAGAGUAGGACAACUAGUAUUGAACGCGCCAUACAGACCCUAGCUGAGUCAGUAGCAAACAAGAAUACUACAACCCCUAGCUCAACUCCAAUGGGUCUCACUCCAAAUACCACAGAUUUCAGCACUUCUACUUGUUUUUACAGAUCUUUUGGUACAUUUAUUAGGGGAUAA